CAACGAUCUCAAUAUGAAACUGUUCAUUACUGUACUCCUUGUAGCUGCAGCUUCAGCAGGACACCUGGGGAACAACUACUUGCCACCAAGCAACGCCAAACUCGCAGGGGGAAGCGCAAGUAUCUUGGCUGCACCUUCAGUUGGUCUAAGCACGCCUGCUGCCAUCUCGACUGUCUACGCAACACCAGCUAGUGCUCUUGCUCCAGCAAUUGCUACUUCUGGAUUGGUCGCUAGUCCCGCUCCAAUCGUAUCAUAUGGGGUUCCAGUAGCUGCAGUGAAGACGUACUUAGCCCCAGUCACCCCUCCGGUGCCAAUAGUCAAGCUUAACAGCGACAGUAAUGGGGAUGGAAGUUACAGAUACGACUAUGAAACCGCCAACCACAUCGCAGCCCAAGAGUCAGGCCACUUGACACCUGCAGGUUCCAGCGAAGUUCACGGCGCCUUCUCCUACUUGGCGCCCAACGGACAAACCGUCUCCGUCAGCUACGUGGCUGACGAGAACGGCUUCAGGCCUGAAGGUUCUCACCUCCCCACCUCUCCUCCAAUUCCCGAAGCUAUUCUGAAGAGUCUGGAGAUCAACGCCGCUGAAGAAGCUAGGGCUGCGGCAAGCCACAGCCAGUACAGCGCAGCUAGUGUAGAGAUACCUGCUGCGCCUGUAGCUAGUAAUCAGUAUUUACCACCUACAGCUGCUGUCCAACAAGGCGGUUAUAAGUACUAG